CUGGUCCAAACCCUGAAGAAGCACAAGAAGACGGUCACCGUCGCCGAGCAAUGCUGCGGGGGCCUCAUCCAGGCCGGGAUCAUGGCCCAGCCGGGAGCUUCUUCUGUCUUUGUGGGUGGCUCCGUCGCCUACAACACCCAGAAGUCCAAGCCGCUGCUCUUGAACGACGCCGACCUGCACAAAUCCAUCACGUCGGGCSUCGGUGCCGCUGCUUCCGGGAUCCAACACGACAAAUCCACCGAAGAAGGGUACAUUGCCAGCAAGUUUGAUUGGACCUCCAAGGUGGCCACCGCCUUUUGCCACGAACUGAAGACGGACUACGCGCUGGCGGAAGGAGGAGCCACCGGGCCGACCUUCAAUCCCAGGGGGAUGGAAACCGGGUUUGCCGUUCUGUCGGUUGCCGGGAAAGCCGGGGAUGGCGAUGGCGAAAUUUCUGUUUCUGUUUCCCUGCAAAAGCAAGAACUGAUUCGUUCUCCGGACAACGACCGAGAAGGAAACAUGAGGCGCUUUGCCGAUGCCGCGGCGGAGUUGCUGACCGAGGUCGUGGAACAAACGAAAGGGGGUGCGGAUUGCAACCCGGAGGCAAACAAAGCGGGAAAUUCGAGUGCUUCGGACCACACCGACGGCCACGACCCCGAUAACGACAACGAUAACUUUCCCUGCAAAAGCAAGAACUGAUUCGUUCUCCGGACAACGACCGAGAAGGAAACAUGAGGCGCUUUGCCGAUGCCGCGGCGGAGUUGCUGACCGAGGUCGUGGAACAAACGAAAGGGGGUGCGGAUUGCAACCCGGAGGCAAACACGGCGGGAAAUUCGAGUGCUUCGGACCACACCGACGGCCACGACCACGAUAACGACAACGAUAACGACAACGAUAACGACCAGACCGUUUCGCUGGAUCGCGCCACUUUCCUCCGGGCCGACGAAGCCGCACUGGACGCCCUCAAACCGCUCGCCAAGUACGUUCUGAUCAGGGGCACCGAGAUGCUCUUUCGGUCUCCCACCGAGCUGGCCUUCCUGUCCCACGAGGAUACCCCUCUGGGAAAAAGCGACAGCGGCGCCAUCACCACAACGUUCAUGGGCCGUYUGAGCGAUGCGGACCACACGCCCGUCUUCUCCCUCGACCUUCUCGACGACGGCCCUUCCUCCGGAGCACCGGAUGGCUGCUUCUACGCCAACGCCCGGACSUCCGCUCCCCUCCUCGCCAGCACGCUGGAAAACGAGCUCGUCCUGCACGCCAUGGCGUACGCCAACUGGCAGCGGUCCAGCAAGCACUGUUCGAGCUGCGGAUCGCCGCUGGAGCUGGUGCACGGCGGGACGGCACAGGUCUGCAACAACGAUUCCUGCCGGGAAACCCUCUCGUGGCCGCGGCAGGACCCCUCGAUCAUCGUGUCGGUGUCGAGCCGCUGCCGGACCAAGCUUCUGCUGGCCCGGAGCCACCGCCACCCACCGAAGAUGCACACGGUGCUGGCGGGCUUUGUCGAGGCCGGGGAAUCCUUCGAGUCCGCCGUUGCCAGAGAAGUCUACGAGGAAACGGGGGUCCGGGUGGAUCCCGACAGCAUCGAGUACGUCGCYAGCCAGCCGUGGCCGUUUCCCAGGUCGACGAUGAUUGCCUUUUCCGCCACCGCGGACGCCGAGGCCUUUGCCUCCCUCGAGAUCGACGAAACCGAAMUCGUCGAGGCGGGGUGGUUCGACAGGGCGGACGUCCGAGAGGCGGCCAGAGUGGAGGGGGCGGUCAUGGAUUCGAACGUGGCAAAGAAGGCACUCGAAAAACACCCGACCCUGCCCCUGYUGAUCCCACCCAAACAGGUGGUAGCCCGGAAGCUCAUCGAUCGGUGGUUGUCUUUGCAAUAACAAAGCAACGAAAGAAAACAACGAAGCGAACCGAAGCGAAGCGAACACCAAGCCCGAACGAAAGAACCAUAGUGGAACCAAACGGGUCGAGUGCGUUUCUUUGUUGGYUCGCGUCGAAUUCAUUAACGACCACACCGGAACCAUUGCUACUGGAGAGUGCUUGUAGUAUCUACUUUGCCAGAAACAAACAUUGCGGUGGAUGCUYUUUGUUGGUGAACACAGUGCGAUGAAAUUACCUACUAAUACGCAGCUAAGAUGGAAGUCAAUUUAACUAUCAAUCACGAACCGAAUUUCUGGACAACGAUAGCAUCUGAAACUGCAGAGGUAUCGUUCGGUAUGGUUCUGUGUCUUUUUCAUCAUUACGGUCGCAUUUCUACCAAUCUUUGAAACUAUUUAUCAGUUUUUACAAUAUUCUACAGAUCUGCUCAUUCUUUGGUCAUUCGAGUCGUUCUACUGUAAAAACACUGCAGGAAGCCAACCCCAUGCUGCCUGCAGAUGAUCACAAAAAGGAAUGUUCCGAUUUCUUCUGUAAUUGGUGCCAGUUUGUGAUCCAUGAAUGCAUAUAUACUUUGCAUAUAUCACGUAAUCACAAUACUACAACUUAAAAAACGUAUCCGUAUGGUUCGUUUCGUUUCGUUUCGUUUCGUUUCGUUUCGUCUCAUUUCGUUUUGUUUUGUUUUGUUUUGUUUUGUUUCGUUGUGUUGUGUUGUAUUGCGUUUCGUUUCGUUUCGUUUCGUUUUGUGUUACUUUCGCUUUGCGGCAAACUCCAUUGCCACCCGGGCCUUCAUUUCCGCUCGGGUUUCGGUGGCUCGGGGUUUCGACGAUGGUUUCGUGGUCUUCCCGGAAGAACGAUUGCGUUGUUGUAGGAGACGCUGUUCUUCGCUGCGUUUCAUUUCCUGGGCCACGCGUUUUCUCAUUUGGGCCAGGGACUCCUUUCUCGGCUUGGGUUUUGAAAUCUGUUGUGUUCGUUGUUCUACCUCCUCGGAAGAGGAAUCCACCACAGUAAUAUCGUCUUCUUCCACGGAAUCGUCGUCGUUCUCAUCUUUGUCGUCGUCACUAUCAAACUCGGAGACCAAAUCAAUGGCUGUAGAUGUUGUCUUUUUCUCUUUGUUGUCCUCAACAGCAGUAGUUGUUUCCGAUCUAGUUUGACUUGUUACACUGUGGCUUCCACCCGCACAUUCCUUGCCCUGAGAAGCCACGCAAAAGAGCUUGUAGGAAAGCACAGCCCCUAACAGUAGCGCCACGGACGUUGCGGCGAUCAAACGAAGCUGACGGUCGUUGUCGUCGUCAUCAAAUAGCUGAAAUGCAGCAGCCGCCGAAACCGAAGUAACCCACCGGGCAACCUCGAAUGUUUCGUGAAGUUGCUCCAUCAUUGACAUUGUAGAUAUUGAAAGAAAGAAGGAUAUGCAAUGMAAUGUUUGUCGUUAUUCACUUGUUGUAACAACGGAAGGCAGCUCUUGUUGUCGAUGUUCGUGACGAGUCUUCUCGUGCAGUCGUACGGUACAGUUACAAUCUCUUCGUAGUUCGUGAUUUUGUGCUGUUUGGAAUCACGUUUGGAAAAUCGAAUUUCUUCGAGUACCGAAAAUAAAAAAGAUUCUACCGCACGGUAAUACAGUAAUAAAUACAGUAUCUACGAAUCACAAUAGAAGUGUACGCACUUU